GCCUAAUGAUAGCGGUUUGGUUGAGCUAGGUCUGCAGUUUCAAAUUGUUUUAUUCACCAUUUUGUGUAGGUAGCUGAGGGUAUUUUUAAAUAUAUUCUCUUUAAGAUUUCAGUUAUUUUAAAUUUUUGUUAUUUUUCCCUCAAAUUGCUGAGUUUAUUUUAAUUUUAUUUUUUACAUUUAAAUACGUCGCUCGAGCUACCCAGCAAGCUAGCUCGCUAGCUGGCUAGCCAGGCAUAGUUUAAGCUAUCUUACAUCGAAAGGAAUUUUCUCCUCUGAUUUUCUGUUUUUCCUGUAGCCAAUUUAAGUCUCAUUAUUUCAGCAGAAUGUCAAGACCAGUGAGGAACAGGAAGGUUGUUGAUUAUUCACAGUUCCAGGAAUCUGACGAUGCAGAUGAAGAGUAUGGAGGGGACUUGGACAGGCUUAAAAAGGUGAGGUCUCCAAAAGAGUCCAAGAACAGGAAGAGGUCAGGCAAGAACUCGCAGGAAGACAGUGAUGAUUCUGAAGAUAAAGUCAAGAAUGACGAUUCUGCAGAUGAUUUUGGCAGCGAAGAAGACAAUGACUUUGAAGAUGAGGAGGAAGAAGGGGGGGAUAGUGACUAUGACAGCAAAAAGGGCAAGAAGGGAAAGAGAGGCAAUGAUAAGCCCAGCAAAAGGGCGCAAAAGAGGAAACUCGAUGACGACAGUGACAAUGACAGGGAGGUGAGCAAGAAGGUUAGGCAGGUACGGCAGGCAGCCACUAAGGCCGUGUCCAAACAGAGGGAGAUGUUGUUGGGUGAUGGGGGCAGUGAGGAUGAGGAGAAAGAUGAGGAAGAACAGGCCUAUGACGAUCAGGAAUCUGGCAGCGAUGAAGACUUCAUGAUGGAUGAUGAUGAUGACAGUGACUAUGGUCACUCCCGAAAGAGGAGCAAGAAGGUGGUCAGGAGAAGCAGGCAAGAGAAGAAAUCGCCCAAACCUCGGCUAAAGGCCACAGUGGUUCCCAGUCCCAUGAAGGGUAAGGGAAAAGGUCGACCUAGUGUGGGUAAGGCUGUUGAAAAAUCCUCCCCUAAAGAGGAGGAGGAUGAUCCUGAGAGCCCCCUGGAAGAAGAAGAGCCAGUGGCUGAGAAGAAAGAUUCCCCUGCCCCCAAGAAAGCUGGUGAGGCACCUGAAGAAGAGGAGGAUGUGUCAGAAGAGGAAGCUCAGUCAGGGGAUGACUGACUGUCUUCAGGCUGAAUCUCUCUUUGCUGUUUUUUUUUUAUUUUUUUCCUCCACCUUUGUUUUUUUUUCUCCCCCCCACCCCCCGCAAGAGCUUUUCAUGUUGGCCUGGCUCAACGGUUUGAACCGCCUCUAAUUUUUUGUUUUAAAUCUGUAGAUACAUCAUCAUGUAAAAGGACUUUGAGCUCACAUUGAUCCAGGAGGAAGUUGUGUGUGCUUCUGUGUGUGUAAGCAGGAAAGGUUUUGCUCACGGAUAUGCUGACUUAAAUAUCGGGGCCUCUCUAGUUUGAAUAAUAACUGUUAAUUUUGUUUUUGUCUUUUUUUUUUUUCUUUAGCUUUCUCUGCCCCUUUGGAUAAAAUGAAACUAGCUUCUUAUGUUAUGGACAACGGAUCAUUGUUACGGUUACAGAAAUGUAGUCGGUGAUGAGGCGUAGAUUUGGCUCUGGAAAUUUGGUUCUUUUUUCACCAUAGAUCUGCUCCCAACAUCCUGCUCAGUUUUUACUGCAUAAAGAAAACCCUUAAGAUCACUUAAUGUUCAGGUUUCCUAACCAUGUUUCGAACUGUUGUAAUGGAGAAUGAGAUUGUGGGGUGUGCGUGUGUGUCUCCGAGAGCUUGCUAACUGCUAACAGUGCUGUCCUGUCUUUGCUUUCCCUUCAUUGAUUGUCCUAGACAUCUUAAUCCAAGAAUGAGACAAAGUGUGCAAUAUUGUUAUUAAUGUUCCAUAAGAAGGCAAACGACAACCAUUUUAAAUACUUCACUGCACAUUAUUGGAUUUGUCUGGAUGUUUAAUGAUUUCGUUUUAAGCUUUGCCGUUUUAAAUAGUUGGGUUCGAAUGAUAUACUUAGUUGAUCGUGUUGCAUUUGUACAAGAUAUCUGGGUGUUUGCGUUUUGAGAUUUUCUCAGAUGGAGCCUAACGUUGGUGUACUAUUUUGCUUGGCUUGCACCAUUUCUUUUGGUGGUCGAGAGCCAUCUGCAUUAACCUGCUGUGCUGCGUGUGACAUACGCAGAUGCGUACUCGCACAGCACACGUGGGUGAAUUUGUCCAGGAGAGUGCUGAUACUUGUUGGCUGAGCAUUCAGGCAUGAAUAUUGCAGCGUUUAGGAAGUCUCUGUGUCAGGAAUGAGCAGUUUUGGGUUUUUUUUCUUUUGCUCUUUCUUUGGUGACAUGUCUGAGUGACAGUGAGCCCUCCGCUUUAUAGCGAGAAUAUAGUUGCCGUUGUCAACAUGCCAGGCUGUCGCUCAUAUUUCAAUCCUUUGUGCCAGGCUUAUUUUUCCGUUUCCUUUUUUGUUUCCCUUUCAGAAUUCAGAGAUUUCCAAAAAAGAUGUCAUUUUUUUAUUUGCUUUUUUUUCCUCUUCUCCAAGUUUUUGUAAUGUUUUUUUUUAAUGGGAAAAAAAAAUAAAAUGUAUCUUGAACUCAAAGGAAUGCUUAACCCUCUCUUCUCUGCAGUGUUGGAUAGUCACGCGAUCUGGCCAAUGAAAAGUUCACCUCUGCUGUUAUGUGGCUGUUUCAUCACAUCUCUAAACGUGUUACUCAGCUUAUUUCUUAGUAGGUUGUGAAUUUGAAAUGUGAUUCUUCUGGAAGACUUCCCCCUCUGAAAGCUGUACUUUUUUUCCUACGUGCUCUGGCUGAGAGAGCCUAUAAAAAUGGUUGACUGUGGCUAACAUCUGUGACGGGGGUCCUUCCAGUUCUUUAUACGCAUGUAGGUACACUUUCUGCCCCAUGGUAUGAGCAAACAUUGGCUCAACUGCCUGGCAAUCUUAAGUUUUUUUUUUUUUUUUUUUUUUUUUUUUUUUUCCUUUUUUUAAAGACCAUUUUUGUAGAACGUUUUCAUCGUCGGUUCUGUUUUCUAGGAAUGGAACCAUCUGAAGAUUAGUGGCUGUUUCUUGUAUGUUAAAAUUCGCAGAAACUUCCAAAACAAACAGCGUUUUUAUGAGCAAACAUGUUUUGGAUGUGAAGUAAAGCAACAAAUUUCAGAACAAAAACGGAUCUUUUUAGAUUUUAAAAUAUGAAAUUAGGUCCAACUGAGUAAAGGAAAAAAAAAAACCAAACCAUGUAAUCGGUCUUCAUAGACAUUGUUUAUACGAUAAUGUGAGAGCUGUACUUGGGCACUGUCAAUGGGUUUUUCGACGGGGUCAUUUGGCACAGAGAACAGCUUGCAAGUGGGAAAUAUGCUGAAGGGUGUUGCAAUGAAAAGGUGUUUAAGAGGAUGUCCAAUAAAGUGUAUUUUAUUACUCCCUUUC